GACUCCUGAGUAGCUAGGACUACAGAUUUGAGCCAACUGUUCCAGCAACAUAAGCAUUUUAUCUGUACUAACAGUUUCUUAUACUUCAGUUUGCUUGUGAAUUACUACCACUACUACUACUAUUUACACCAAACACAUAUCCUCUUCCUUAUAUGUGAUAUAAAAGACCUCAAACAAGAGUUUCUAACUUUCCUUAGAAACUCACCUCUAACGAUGUAUUUAUUACCCAGGAAAAUUAAUGAGGACUGAGGUCAAAUUCCUGAAGAGACCCUUAGUUAACCCUUUGUCUAAAUUUCUCCUGCCUAAUAGAAGACACAGUCCCUGGCCACCUGUGCCUGCACUUUGGGGCUGAAUGAAGCUCCGGUGGAAGUGCCAUUCUUGCACUUGCAGUCACUUUUUGGAGGCAGGUCAGAAGGCCCUCUGGUCUGUGAGAUGCCAUCAGAAGUCACUUAGUGGGCUUCAAAUUCAUUUUGUGUCAGAUACUGUGGGCUGCCUUGGAAACUUCUCGAGUGGCUAGUGGAGGGCUUUGGUAGUCUGCAAACAUCAGGAAAUAUUAGCAAUAACUGGAGAGAGGUGAGUUGCCAAUUCUGCCAAACUUCUUUUGCAGGCAGGGGGCUGUCCUGUGGUUCCCAAGACUGGCUGUCAUCUGCCACUCACUCUCUUGUCACACUGACACGGCACCCCCUCCCCCCCUGCCUGAUUGGUCGCUGGCAAUAACUGAUAUGGAAUACUGAUGUUCUCACCGGCAGUUCCUUCCACUCCAAAAGGCUCCUUCCCACCCUUCUUCUCAUCUCCCUGAGCUCAUCUUCUCCCUUACUUCCCCCUCCCCCAUCAUGCUGCCCCUGCACCCCUGAGGGAGGACCAGUCCUGGGCUUGAUGGCUGUGAGACCAUGGUGAAAUUCACCGGGCUGCGUUCACUCCGGCUUGCUCUCCGGAGAGUCCUGUUCCAGACUUCUCAGGGCUUUUUCCAGCACAAACAACUGCAUGCGGGGCCGAGGGGAGGCUGAAAAGGACUUGUGUGUGGUGGUUGUGUCGCCUGUCAUCACUUUACUGGCCUCCUCUGGAGUGGAGCCUGCAGGCUCACAGUGGAUUUCUUUCUGCGGGAGACCCAGAGGAAAGACCCUUCCAUUGACUCUCUGUUUUUAUGGUUUAAGUUUAUCUAUUCAUGGGGCUGAAAAGCGCUUGCAAAUCCAUCACCGGCGAAGUGUGGCAAGCCGCCCAGGGUCACGUCGUCGCCUGCCUGUGGUCAGGCAUUCCUCACUCCCACCAGGCAGAAGGUCACUAAACAUGGAGGCAAGCUCUUCUGGAACCAAUAAUGGCAAAACCAAAGUUUUCCAUGCAGAAGGAGGUGUGGAUUUGCAAGGCUACCAGCUGGAUAUGCAAAUACUGCCCGACGGCCCAAAGAGUGAUGUGGACUUUUCAGAGAUUCUUAAUGCAAUACAAGAAAUGGCCAAGGAUGUCAAUAUUCUUUUUGAUGAAUUAGAAGCUGUCAAUAGUCCUUGCAAAGAUGACGAUUCUCUCCUUCACCCUGGAAACCUGACAAGUACUUCAGAUGAUGCCAGCAGAUUAGAAGCCGGGGGAGAGAUAGUUCGAGAAAGAAACAAAUCAAAUGGACUUUACUUUAGGGACGGCAAGUGUCGAAUAGACUAUAUUCUCGUGUACAGGAAAUCCAACCCCCAGACUGAAAAGAGAGACGUAUUUGAAAGAAAUAUCAGAGCAGAAGGAUUACAAAUGGAGAAAGAGUCCUCUCUAAUAAAUAGUGACAUUAUCUUUGUGAAGUUGCAUGCCCCAUGGGAAGUCCUGGGAAGAUAUGCAGAACAAAUGAAUGUAAGGAUGCCUUUCAGGAGAAAAAUCUAUUACCUGCCCCGCCGGUACAAGUUCAUGAGCAGGAUCGAUAAACAAAUAAGCAGGUUUCGGAGAUGGUUACCUAAGAAGCCAAUGAGGCUGGACAAGGAGACACUGCCAGACCUGGAGGAGAAUGACUGCUACACUGCCCCUUUCAGCCAGCAAAGGAUCCAUCACUUCAUCAUACACAACAAAGACACUUUCUUCAACAAUGCCACGAGGAGUAGAAUUGUGCAUCACAUUUUACAAAGAAUAAAGUAUGAAGAGGGAAAAAACAAAAUCGGUCUGAAUCGCUUGCUUACCAAUGGCUCCUAUGAAGCUGCUUUUCCCCUGCAUGAGGGAAGUUACAGAAGUAAAAACUCCAUUCGAACCCAUGGAGCAGUCAAUCACCGACAUCUACUCUAUGAGUGCUGGGCUUCCUGGGGUGUGUGGUACAAAUACCAGCCUUUGGAUCUUGUGAGGCGGUACUUUGGAGAGAAGAUUGGGUUGUAUUUCGCCUGGCUGGGCUGGUACACUGGCAUGCUCUUCCCAGCGGCCUUCAUCGGAUUGUUCGUCUUUUUGUAUGGAGUCACCACUCUAGAUCACUGCCAAGUCAGUAAAGAAGUCUGCCAAGCCACCGAUAUCAUCAUGUGUCCUGUGUGUGAUAAAUACUGUCCAUUCAUGAGGCUAUCAGACAGCUGCGUUUACGCCAAGGUAACACACCUUUUUGACAAUGGAGCUACUGUCUUCUUUGCUGUGUUCAUGGCCGUCUGGGCAACAGUUUUCCUAGAAUUUUGGAAAAGACGUCGAGCAGUGAUUGCUUAUGACUGGGAUUUGAUAGACUGGGAGGAAGAGGAGGAAGAAAUACGACCCCAGUUUGAAGCCAAGUAUUCCAAGAAAGAGCGGAUGAAUCCCAUUUCGGGAAAGCCAGAACCUUAUCAAGCAUUUGCUGAUAAAUGCAGCAGACUUAUUGUUUCUGCAUCUGGAAUCUUUUUCAUGAUCUGCGUGGUGAUUGCUGCUGUGUUCGGGAUCGUCAUUUACCGGGUGGUGACUGUCAGCACUUUUGCUGCCUUUAAGUGGGCAUUAAUCAGGAAUAACUCUCAGGUCGCAACCACGGGGACUGCUGUGUGUAUCAAUUUUUGUAUCAUUAUGUUGCUGAACGUGCUCUAUGAAAAAGUUGCACUGCUUCUGACAAACUUAGAACAGCCUCGCACAGAGUCCGAGUGGGAGAACAGCUUCACCCUGAAAAUGUUUCUUUUUCAGUUUGUCAAUCUGAACAGCUCCACGUUUUACAUUGCGUUCUUCCUCGGAAGAUUUACAGGACACCCAGGUGCCUACUUGAGGCUGAUAAACCGGUGGAGACUAGAAGAGUGCCACCCUAGCGGAUGCCUUAUUGAUCUCUGUAUGCAAAUGGGUAUUAUAAUGGUGCUAAAGCAGACCUGGAAUAAUUUCAUGGAACUGGGCUACCCGUUAAUUCAGAAUUGGUGGACUAGAAGGAAAGUCCGACAAGAACACGGGCCUGAGAGGAAAGUAAAUUUCCCACAGUGGGAAAAGGACUACAACCUUCAGCCAAUGAACGCAUAUGGACUCUUCGAUGAAUACUUGGAAAUGAUUCUUCAGUUUGGAUUUACAACUAUCUUUGUGGCAGCUUUUCCUCUAGCACCACUUCUGGCCUUACUGAAUAACAUAAUUGAAAUUCGACUUGAUGCUUACAAAUUUGUCACACAGUGGAGGAGACCUUUAGCUUCAAGGGCCAAAGACAUAGGGAUUUGGUACGGAAUUCUUGAAGGCAUUGGAAUUCUCUCUGUUAUUACAAAUGCAUUUGUCAUCGCGAUCACAUCAGACUUUAUCCCUCGCUUGGUGUAUGCUUAUAAGUAUGGACCUUGUGCAGGCCAAGGAGAAGCUGGACAAAAGUGCAUGGUUGGCUAUGUGAAUGCCAGCUUAUCUGUAUUUAGGAUUUCUGACUUUGAGAACCGGUCUGAGCCUGAAUCAGAUGGCAGUGAGUUCUCUGGGACUCCUCUCAAGUACUGCAGAUACCGAGAUUACCGGGACCCUCCUCAUUCACUCGUGCCCUACGGCUAUACACUGCAGUUCUGGCACGUUCUGGCUGCCCGGCUGGCUUUCAUCAUUGUGUUUGAGCACCUCGUGUUUUGUAUAAAGCACCUCAUUUCCUAUCUGAUCCCAGACCUCCCAAAAGAUCUAAGGGAUCGAAUGAGAAGAGAGAAGUACUUGAUCCAAGAGAUGAUGUAUGAGGCAGAGCUGGAGCGCCUCCAGAAAGAACGGAAGGAGAGGAAGAAAAAUGGAAAAGCACACCACAACGAGUGGCCCUGAGCAGGUAAUAGUUCAUUUUCAGGCCAAGGACCUGACUUUUGUUUACUUCUCCCAGCUGUGCAAAAGCACAUUUAAACGAAUGACUAACAGUGCAACCACAGUGCAUGCUACGGACACCGGCAGCCCCAAGCGGGUCGGCAGCCAGCGGAGGACUGACAGUGAGCUCUGCUACUUUGACAUCAUGCUGCCGUCCAGCACACAAUAGCUAUCUAUCCAUUGACCAUCUUAACAAAGGCAAGCAUGCACCUUAUGGGCAGUUCCAUUCUCCAGUUUUUAAAACCACGGGGGAACUUGUAUACUGGGCCUGUUUUUUCAGCCUGUUUGCUACCUUUUUUGCAUUCUACGCCAUGUGAAUUUUACAGACUUUGGGCUAACAAGGGUAAUUUGAACACCUGGACAUACAUUCUUAGAAUGUGAUCGUGUCCUAACUCUCACGUCACCAAAUGACACAGAAAUGACCUUGUUUACAAUGUUUUCUUUCUUUUUUUUUUUAAUUUCAGAUUUUUCUGAGGAGAUUAUUAUAUAUGACAUGUCUAUAGCUAUGUGUAUGGCCAUAGAUGUAUUUCUGUGUGUACAUAUGUAUAGUCAUGUAUUCCGACAUAUGUACAUACAAUUACAGAGAUAUAUAAAAUACAUAGAAAUUCCUGACUUGUACAUAGCCAAAAAUACUAACACGAAUGACUACUUUUCACAGUUGAAUAGUCAUCAACAUGAAGCCAUGUUUAAUGCUUGUAUACUGUGAGGCAAUAAAAUUGAAAAUAAAAUUUAUGCACAUGGAAUAUUUU